AUGGGUAAAGAAGGCCUUCGAUACGCUGCAAAGGUGUCUCUGGACAAGCCAGCAGCAGAGCAAGAGUGCAUCCACAACCGAUGGCAUCCCGAUAAUCCUGUGUACGGAACCAUCAAAAACAACGAAGUCGUCAAGAUUGAAUGUGUAGACUGGACUGGUGGUCAAAUCGGCAACAACGACUCCGCCGAUGAUGUUCGCGAUGUGGACUUGACUAAGAUCCACUACCUGACUGGCCCUUUUGAGAUUGAGACAGCAGAGCCAGGUGAUGUGCUGGUUGUGGAGAUACAAGAUGUGCAGCCGUUGCAGGAGCAACCAUGGGGCUUUACAGGCGUGUUUUCGAAAGAAAACGGUGGUGGAUUCCUGGAUGAGAUUUAUCCAAAACCGGCAAAGGCGAUCUGGGACUUUGAGGGAAUAUUCUGCUCCUCCCGGCACAUUCCAGGCGUCCGCUUCGCAGGCCUCAUUCACCCUGGCAUUCUAGGAUGCGCACCCUCCGCCGAAGUCCUCGCAGAGUGGAACAGACGCGAAGGCGAGCUCAUAUCCACACACUCACAUCUAGGCCGUGUCGUAGCGGAGCCACCAAACCCCCAGUCCGUACAUGCUGGUUCCGCUGACGGGGAUCUGAAAGAGAAGAUUGGCAAAGAGGGCGCGAGAACAAUCCCCGGCCGGCCGGAGCACGGAGGUAACUGCGACAUCAAGAACCUCUCGCGCGGCAGCAAAGUCUUCCUACCUGUGCACGUCAAGGGCGCAAAGUUCAGCGUGGGUGAUCUUCACUUCUCCCAAGGUGAUGGCGAAAUCUCCUUUUGCGGCGCGAUUGAAAUGGCGGGCGUCAUUACGCUCAAGUUCAGCGUCAUGAAGAAUGGCGUCGAACAGUUGGGUAUGAAGUCGCCCAUUUACGUCCCUGGGCCCGUGGAGCCGCAGUUUGGGCCUGGGCGGUAUAUCUACUUCGAGGGUUUCUCGGUCGACGAGCAUGGGAAGCAGCAUUAUAUGGAUGCGACAGUGGCCUAUCGUCAGACAAGCUUGAGGGUCAUUGAGUAUCUGAGGAGAUAUGGCUACAACGACUAUCAGAUCUACCUCCUGCUCUCCUGCGCACCCGUUCAGGGACACGUAGCAGGAAUCGUGGAUAUACCAAAUGUGUGCACGACGAUGGGUCUUCCAAUGGACAUUUUCGACUUCGAUAUAAGCCCGCAUGUUCCUGCGAAGAAGCAGGAUUUGGGCUCCUGUGCUUUUGCUAGUUCGUAA